AACACUACAUUAGUUAGAAAGUAAGAAUGUAAAUAAUUCAGUUAGAAGUCCGGCCUCUUAGCCUUGUGACUUAGUCAUGUCGUGUCGACAUGCUCGCUACAACAAAUGAAUGUAGCGGCGAAGAUGCAACGGUCAAGUGGAUGAAACACCACGAGGUGACAUCGGUGAGCGACAAUCAGCGCGACUCCUUGACCCGCUGGAGGACUAGCUACUUCAGAUCGCAAGAGACUCCGCGAUCCGGUGUAUCGUAUAUGCAUAGGACAUAGCGGAAAGGCCCAGCACCGAACGGCGAAGCAUGUUGUACCCAAGUCGCAGAAUCCUGAUUGCUGGAGCGGCGGGACUAUGCUUGAUUUGGGCAUGCUUGCAAUUCGUUGUGCCAGAGUUGUCUCAUUGGCUAGCCUCUGAAGCUGUAGAUGUCGGUGGCUACCUGCCGGCACGUUCUCCGCACACUGUUCCCGAGCUGGUGGAUGUCAAAGAUGUUGGCAAGCCACGUCACGUUCUCAUUCUGAUCAAGACAGGUACAGACAGGAAAUACAAGUGGAGACGAAACAACCUUCGCAAUAGCUGGUUUUACCGGUGUCGUUCCGGUGAAUACUACCCGCCAAACGUGAAGAUUCCAAAGCACCUCAACAACAUCAAGCUCUCGUGUUACUUCAUCAUCGGCGUCAAGCACAUCUCGAAGAUCAACAACGAGAGUCUGGAAGAUGAAAACAGGAAAUAUGGCGAUAUCAUCUAUGCGCGUGAUAUUAACGACCUGUACUCAACGUUUCUAAUGAAAACCGUCUGGAUGCUGAACUGGGCAACGCUCGCGUCGACGCGCCGAUUCGUCAAACGCAAGCAGCCGGACGUGCCGGUAACGCACGUUAUGCUGGCCGACGAUGACACGUUUGUUACGCUGUCGCUGUUCAUCAACUGGGCGUCGCGGCUGCCGCUCGCGCGUGUGUUCACCGGCCACGCUCACCGGUUCAGCCGCCCUCUGUACUGCCACGAAAACGCGCACCCGAACUGCAUCGACAGCAAAGCGUACCCGUCGCUGCGCCGCUACCCGCGCUACCCGAGCGGCUUUGCCUACCUGCUCUCCUUGGACGUGUGCGUGGGCACUGUGCAGUCGGCCAUCCGACACUCCGCCAUGGACUGUCCGGUGCCCGGGAACAACGAGGACGCGCUCAUGGGCCUGCUGACGGCCGAGGCGGGCUUCACGCUCAUACACGAGCCGUCGUUCCACCACUUCGCACAGCAGGUUUUCCCGUGCCCAGGCGAUGGCGUACCGCUGAUGGUGAUCGGCAACGCACCGCAGGGAAUUCUCAACAUUGUGGCGCGCAACGAGCGCCUGGGCGAGAGGAAUCUCUGCAGGGAUGUUGUUCGCUAGAGUGCAGCAAACACUGUUCAACUCGGCGUCCGCUGGGACCAUAGUUUGAGCUGACUAUCCCCAGCAAAGCCAGGAAUUUCCCAGUCUGCGUGCAUGCACAUAUUUGUGUACAUAAGAGGAAGUGACAUAGUAUGAACAUACAUGUAUGGACUGCUGGCUCUUGAGAUAAAUUCAUAGUAUUUUUUUGCCUUUUCUGCCGGUAUUAUGUGCAUGAAUCCGCAUCUUGCAGCGCACUUUAUAACAGUACUUAUUGGAUUCUCCAGAUUACAGUAUUUUCAAGAAAGCAGAAGCCAUUGAAU